AUGCCUGACUUUACUCCGAAGCUGAAGGAUCCAUCCUUGCUAUAUCCCGCCACGCUAGCUGUGACAGCCGAUGAAACCAAGCAAAACGUUUGGAUUGAGGAUCCUGCCACGGGCAAAGUGUUUGGUUCAUGCAAAGACAGCAAUGCCGGCGAUGUCGACGCUGUCGUCCUCGCCUCUCAUCAUGCGUUCCAGACAUUUCGUCUCGAGAGUUCCCGUUCGAGAGCGAAAAAGUUACUUGCGUGGGACCGUCUGAUCCAAGAAAAUCUAGAUGAUUUAACACAUAUACUCACUCUUGAGACUGGAAAGCCUUUGAAGGAGGCCUAUGGAGAGAUUGAAUAUGCAACUGGCUUCACUUGGUGGUUUGCAGGCGAGGCGGAAAGGAUUACGGGCAGCUUGAGUUUGCCAGCUGCACCUGAUCGGAGAGUUCUUGUGGUAAAACAGCCAAUCGGUGUUUGUGCAGCUCUCGUACCUUGGAAUUUUCCUGUGGCGAUGAUCUUGCGCAAAGUCGGAGCGGCACUCGCAGCGGGCUGUACAAUCAUCGCCAAACCGUCUCCCGAGACUCCAUUGACGUGCUUAAUGCUUGCCAAUCUUGCUGAAAGGGCAGGUUUUGCGCCAAAUGUAUUUAGUGUCAUAACUACAUCUACGAGCAAUACGCCGUCCGUGUCUGAAGCACUUUGCAAGCAUUCUCUUGUCAGCAAAGUUUCGUUUACGGGAUCUACUCGAAUAGGAAGCCUUAUUGCAAGACACUGUUCGGAAGGUCUAAAGAAGGUUACCUUGGAAUUGGGCGGCAACUGUCCAUUCAUAGUGUUCGACGACUGCGAUCAGGACCAGGCACUGGAACAACUCUUAUCGCUCAAGUGGCGGCAUGCAGGCCAGGCCUGCGUCACUGCGAAUAGGGUGUAUAUCCAAGACACUAUACACGCAGAGUUUCUGGCCAAGAUUGUUGAGCGCACGAAAGACCUCAAGCUUGGUCACGGCUUGGAAUCGAGCACGACCAUGGGUCCAGUCACGACUGCUCGUGGUUUGGACAAGGCUCGAGCGUUUGUGGAUGACGCCAUACGUAAAGGCGCUCAACUUCUGACAGGAGGGGGUCAGCUUUCUUCAGUGGGGUAUUUCUUCGAGCCCACCAUACUUUCGAACGUCGACCCUUCCAUGCUGAUCUCUCAAGAAGAAGUGUUUGCACCAGUCAUGGGCGUCUCGUCGUUCUCCAGUGAGCAAGAGGUAUUAACUCUUGCCAAUGACACAAGCAUGGGUCUUGCGAGUUACUGCUUCACGAAGGAUAUAAACCGAAUAUGGCGAAUGAUGGAGCGACUGGAGUCAGGCAUGAUCGGUAUCAACACAGGAAAUUCUUCUGCUGCAGAGUCGCCAUUCGGAGGGUUGAAGCAAUCAGGGUACGGUAAAGAGUCUGGGAAGGACGUGGCAGUGGAGGAAUAUCUUAACGCGAAAACCGUCACGUUAACCAUCAACGAGAACAUAUAGAGCACGAUUCAAC